GUAAAACACUGAUGAGUGAACAAACUGAAAUCCGAAAAAAGAACAGGAAAAAAACAGAAUUGAUUUUAUCAGACCCACAAGUCCUCAAAUUCAGAGCUGACAACACCAAAGUCCAAUCUCUCUCUCUCUUUCAUGACCUUUCUAUUUCUCUAUGGCUAUAUGUAGAUAUUCAUACAUAGAUUUGUAUGUAUAAAAUUCCCACAGAGCAGUGGCGUUUUGGUAGUUUUUUGAUGACCUCCGGUGGCAAAUGCCUCGCUAAUUGAUGGCGGACGACGUCGUUCCGAGGACUUUCCGAGCUCUGGUGGAGACAGCCGAACGGAAAUUCGCCAGGGUUCGCGACGUUCCGUUGUACGGACGAGGCACGGACAACCAGUACUUCCAGAAGGUCUUCAAAGCCUACAUGAAGCUAUGGAAGUACCAGCAAGAGAACCGCUCAAAGCUCGUCGACUCGGGCCUACAACGCUGGGAAAUCGGCGAGAUCGCGUCUAGGAUCGGCCAGCUCUACUUCAAUCAGUACAUGAGGACAAGCGAAGCCAGGUCCUUGAUCGAAUCGUAUGUAUUUUACGAGGCGAUACUGAAUAGAAGGUAUUUCGAGGGUUCCGGGAAGAGUCGAGGGGUCAGGUUCAAGGAAUUGAGGUUUUACGCGAGGUUUUUGGUGGUUUCGUUGAUUUUGAAUCGGACGGAGAUUGUGAAAGUGCUUGUGGAGAGGUUUAAGGCUCUUGUUGAUGACAGUAAAACCACUUUUCGGGAAACCAACUUCAAAGAAUGGAAUCUGGUGGUACAAGAAAUUUCCCGAUUUGUGAAAGCCAAUACUGCUUUCAUGGACAUUAGGCCUUUGCGAUAUUGUGCUAUUCUUGAUUCGUAUCCUACCUCUCUUCCAUAUGUGGCCCGUUUCCAUGCGAAGAAGGUUUUAAAGUUUCAAGAUGCACUGCUGACAAGCUAUCACUGGAAUGAAGUAAAAUAUGCAGAACUUACUUUGGACACUUUCAGAAUGUUGCAAUGUCUGGAAUGGGAACCAAGUGGAUCUUUCUAUCAAAAUCAUCCAGUUAAAUUACACGAGAAUGGUGGUUUGGCUGAUCACUCUGUUACGUCCGGACUAAUUGAUAUAAAUUUGGCUGCGGAAAUGACAGAUCCAACUUUGCCUCGAAACCCAAGGAAGGCUGUUCUUUAUCGUCCAUCUGUAGCACAAUUGAUAGCCGUUAUUGCUACGAUAUGUGAGGAGCUCCCUGCAGAUAGUGUUAUGCUACUAUACAUUUCAGCAUCAGGGAAGGCCAGUCAUAGUAGUCUUUCGCAAAUGGAAAUCUCUGGGACUUCAGGAAAAUCUUCAAAGCUUAAUGCUGUUUCCCAUAAUUACCAUGAACAGAAUAGCUUGAACGGGAACUAUGUCAAUGGCAAUGGAGACUCAAGUCAUUUUUUUGAGAAUUGUUUGUCACUAGGUCCUAGCAGAAAUGGAGACUCAAAUAAUCUCUACCCUGGUGACAUAUUACCUUUCACCAGGAGACCUCUUUUCUUGAUAAUUGAUAGUGAUAACAGCCACGUAUUCAAGGCAGGUUCUACAUGGUGUAGAAAGGGGGGAAACAACUGCUUUACUUCUUUCACCUGUGAGGCCAUCAUUGAAGAACCGAGCAGGCACUGAUGUAACACAAAAUGGUAGUCAAUUUACCUUUUUCUUGACUGCUCCUUUGCAGGCUUUCUGCCAGUUGGUUGGCCUCGCAUCAUCUGAUCAUGGAGCGGAGGUAUACAGUGAUGCUGUAAGCAUUAUUGCAACUGCCUUCUCCGAGUGGGAGGUAAUACUCUGUACAUCGACCAGCCUAGAUCUGGUUUGGGCUCAAGUUUUAUCCGAUCCAUUUUUGCGAAGGCUUAUUCUUAGAUUUAUUUUCUCUCGCUCCGUGCUUACUCUAUUUUGUCCCUGGGAGGAUAGUGACCAAUAUUUGCCUGUUUGCCUACCCAAACUUCCCAGUUCUGUCUCUCCAGAUUCCGAAGCUGUGCAAUCAGUUAUCCUCCGGCUUGCCAAGCACUUCAGUGUUGCUGACUCUUUUCACUUUUAUGACACAUAGCUACGGACUUCAAACUGUAUAUUCAAGUCUGGACAAUGAGAAUACCUCCUUUCAGAGAUUAUAGUUGCAUUUGUUUCAUGGGCUAAGAAUCCGAGUAGAUUAGCAGUUGGCAUCUCAUUGGACUUAAACAAGAGUACUGUUUUUAGCUCGUGACACAAUGAAUUUUGUUGGUUAUAGGGUGUGAUUUUGUUCCUCUAUCUCACUUCGGAAAAACCGGAUGUCUCUGUUGUUCGCGUGCAGCAGUUGUUCCAGUUAGAUGGCGUUUGAUGCUGGGUUUGUUGGCGCAGAUGGUCUUAAUGGGUGAAUUCUGCGUAGGGCUUUCUUGGUUGAUUGUUCUGCUUCUUAUAGUUGCUAUAAAAUUCUUAUGAUUUGUUCAUAUCUUUGUAUAAUGGCAGCACCUGGCUGAAUGAGGUUUUUUUUUUCCUUUGUUUUCUUGUUUUGGGGUGUGGCCUGGUGACAUUAUUGUUGUUCUUCAUGGGGUAUGACACUUGGAGAGCUAGAUGCAGAUGAGUGUUCUAAAAUUCUAUAACUGCAAGUCACUGAUUCACUGUAUACUGA